CUGGACGCCAAUUUGACAGCCUUUGAAGCCGUGCAGCGCGACUUUCUCUCCCAACUUGCCACCAUGCUGAGAGCGGUGGUACGCACUGCCAAAGACGAACAGGGCAAUGCACGCAUCACUGACCUUGAUAGUGGCCGUCGAAUCCGAGUAAGUCAGUCCCCCUGUGCCGUCAAUUAA